AUGGAGUCUGAAGAUGAUGAGAAGAUCUUGCACUGGGUUCUGAAGGACCAUGGUGGCAUUGCUUACUUCGGCUUCGCCUACUACUCCACGAAUUCAGCCACACUCACAGUGGCCAGAAUCGCCGAAGAUCAAGUGAAAGGAGUGGCAGAUACUUUGGAUGCCAAAGUGGAGCCCAAUGCGUACUCGAUUACCGACGGGUCCUAUGACAAUUCAGCAUGGGAAAGGGCUCAUGCUUACUUGGCUUAUGGCUUUACUGAUGCUGGGCAACAAGCUGUGGCCAAUGUGGGCUAUGUAGCGCCUGGUCAUGCACGUGCACUCAUUUCAUCAUUUCUUUUGAUUUCUUUCUUGCUUGGAAAAGAAUCCAAAAUCCAAAAACCACCGUUGAGGGUGUCGUGUUGA